GACACGCUUACUAAAAUAUAUGCAAUCACAGAUCAUUGCAAGUGUAGCUGUUUAAGAUACAGCAAGUGUGUGUGUGUGUGUUUUGUUUCAUUUCGUUUUAAAAGUUAAAUCCCAUUUUAUUAUUAAUUUUAUACAAAUGACUCAACUCGGCGUGCAACUAGCAGAUGUAAAUAUGCCACGUCCGCACGAUACUCAGUCACCGCCCGAUUUAAUCGAUACCGCUAAUUUCACCAUAGACUUUGCCGGUCGCAAGUCUAUCAUCAUCGGACUCGAUCCAUCUAAUGAUUUCAACAUAUCCGUACAAAUAAUUACACCAUCACGGUUCGUAUGCUUGUCAACUGAUUUUUUACGACGUAUUUACUCGUUGAUGGGGAAUAUUCUAUCGAUUAUAUGCGAGCCACCGGUUAAGAGCCGUGAAAGGCUUUUCAAAGAUGAAACAAUUACACUGUCCAAGACGAGUUAUCGCGGUGAAAAUAUGCUGGUAGUCGAAUCUUAUCUCCAGCAAGGAUGUCGCGUAUUAUUGAGUAGACAAAAUCUACUGAAGCUUCAAGACAUGCAAUGGAUAAUCAACGAAACGAUCGCAUUGAAAUCUAACAUUUUACGUGACACGGUGGUUAAUCAAAUCGAUCUUGUCGCGACAUAUUUAAACGCUAAUGUACACGUGGAAAAAACCUUGACCGUUGAAGAAAUUAUAGCGAUCGUACAAAAUAUUCAUAACGAUUUAGCGAUAAUGAACAUUGUCCCAAAAAAUGAAUGCAAUUUUACAAACCAGAUAAAAUUGUUUGCAUACAAACAACUCGCUCAACGUUGGUUUAAGAAAAUGCAUGAAAAUGGUGAAGACCGUAUGACUACUAACGAUGUCGGCGUCAGCGGUACCGGUGUUGAUGACAGCAAUUGGCCGAUUACACUCGAGACGAUCAAUGGAUCGACGAUGCUCUCUUAUACCAACUAUUGAUGUACAGCUGUUUCCUGAACAUUCUAUUCACCCAUUCACCCAUCGAUCGAGAAUAAGAAAAAAAAUAGCUGAUUAAACGCAUUACAAUAUAUAUAUAUAUGUAAACAUUAAUUAUAUUGUUAC